AUGGGAAACAUUUUGACAAAGUGCUGUACGGAGGACGUUGAUCUCCGCAAGAAACACGACCACCUUUCAAAGACUUCGCCCACACUUCGAACGGUCAACGACUCUUCUACAUCUACACACAACCAGCUGGACGAUAUUGAACUCCACAACGCCGCAGGAACCACCAAAGCCUCCGUUUCUGUCUCAGGCCAGCAAUCGAACCUUGACGUCAACACCACCACCACCACCACCAUCACUAACAAGGACACACCCGUUACCUCCAAGCGACCAGUAUCGUCGUUCUUCAAGCAGAUCUCGUCGUCCCUCGCCAAAAAGUCUGCACCAGCAAACCCAAAGUCCUUGUCGCUUGAGCAAGGUCUGGAGCAGUACUUCCCAUUCCCGUUGACGGCCGAGGAGCGUAAAGUGCUUCUAUCGAACGAGAUUCCGUCGGCCGAGAUCGAGAACCUGUCGAUCGGAGUCGAUGGCGGAGGAAUGGGUAUCAUCCACGUCGCCGAGUGGAAGGGCAUCAAGGUCGCCAUCAAGGAGGCGUCGCUCAAUGUCAUUACCAAGGAGGUCGAGAUCUACAGCCGUAUGAAGGGCUGCGAGGGUGUGGUCCAGUACUACGGAGUCACCUACCCUCCAGGACUCGACAAGCUCUGCAUCGUCACAAAGUACGCCGAAUUCGGUUCCCUCGCCUGGUACCUCAAGGUCGAGUACCACAAUAUGGACUGGUCCCACAAGCUCCUCAUGGCCACCCAAAUCUCGACCGCCAUCGCCCGACUCCACCAGGAGGGCAUCUACCACCGCGACCUCCACUGCGGCAACAUCCUUGUCGACGCUCUCGGAAAUGCCAUGCUGACCGACUUUGGAGCCAGUACUGUCAUGGAACAGCGUGUUGCGCGUAGCAUAGACGAUUAUGCCCUCCAGACUUUUACUACCCCCGAAGGCGAGUCCAAGUACACCAGUACCAAGAUGCCUAGUGCCGAGCAAUUGGCUGCUUCCUCCAGCAACCCCAAGGACAAGUCUGGUUCUUCUGAUGAACCCAAGGACCCCCUGAUCGGGGUCAUGGCCUACAUUGCCCCCGAGCGGUUCCGUAACCCUAGCGCCUUCGAUGCCCGCUGCGAUAUCUACUCCCUCGGUGUCUUGCUCUGGGAGUUGACCAGUGGUCAUGGUGCUUUCACCAGAGUGGCCCAAGAUGUGCCCCUUGCAGUCUCGAUCCUGAACGGCAAGCGUGAGCUUCCUAUUGAGGGUACACCUCAGGGAUACCAGGAUCUGUACGAGAAGUGCUGGGAGACUGAUCCUGCCAAGAGACCUACUCUGGAUGAGGUUCUGGCUACGUUGACCAGCGUCCGUGAGAGUAUGACGCCCGAGGAGUUGGAAGUUACACGCACUCGUCCCUCUAACCGCAACAGCGAGGAUGGCAGUUCCAUAGGAUCAGAGUUUGAGCAGUCGAUCAGUGUGCCCCGCCCCACCUCUGAGCUGCAGAGCUACAUCAUCUCUGACUCCAUCGAGCACUAA